AUGGAGAGAGAGCGAGGUUUUGCCUUCAAGUUGCUGGUCCCCCGCGGCCAGGUGAAUGGCCAGGUGAACGGCCAGGUGAAUGCUGUCCAGCCUCGGGCAGCGGUGGACAGCGACGCAGACUUGAGGACGCUGAAGGAGAAUAAUUGUGGUCCUGGUGAGCUUUAUCCCAAGCUGUUUGAUGAAUUAGAGAAGAUAAAGUGUUGGAAGGUCAAAGCUGACAGUGACACAGUGCAUCAGGAAAGAAGACUCCAAGAUAACAAAAGAACAAUUGAAGCUCAACGCAAAGCAAUUCAGGAAUUGCAGUUUGGCAAUGAAAGCCUCAGCAUAAAGCUGGAGGAACACAUCAGUGAAAACGAAGAUUUAAGGAACAGAAACAAUGCUACAAGGAAUUUGUGUGAAACACUCAAGGAAACCUUUCAGUGGUCAACUGAAAAAAUGCAUUCAUUUGAAUCUGAAAGAGAAGAAACGCAUAAUCUCUUCACGGAAAAUACUGAGAGCGUAAAGAAACUGAUUGCAGCGUUUGAUAGUCUUCAUAUUCAAGUAGAAGCUGACCAACAAGAGAUGCAAAAAGUCAAGGAAACCUUACUGCAGUUUGAAGAUCUAAAAGAGAAAUGGCGUCAAGAACAUACAAUGAAAGAUGAAAAGAUUGCAGUGCUCCAGACAAAGAUUGAGGAAAAGGAGAAUGAACUGGAAAAAGUCCUGCUUGACCUUGAUAAAAGCCACAAAAACUGCAAACAGCUUCAGGAGUCAAUACAUCAACAAUUGGAAUCUCUCAAAAAUUCUAACUCUGAAAAGGAAUCCCUUCUUCAAAACCUGCAUGCUGCUGAGCAGUGCUGUGAAGAAACCAAAAAAACAAAGGAAACUAUAGCUGCAACUCUGGACCAUACUAAGAAAGAAUAUGAGCAGAUGAUUCAAAGCAAAGAUCUCAGCAUUCAGGAGCUUUCUAGAGUAAAACAUCAACAGGCAGAAAAGCUGGAGCAGAUUCAAUCAAACAUACAGGAGCUACAAAAUUCAAAAGCCCUAGAGACACAGAGGGCCAAAAAUCUUGAAGAUAAACUUGUCGCAAGCAACUAUGAACUUGAAAAGACAACUAUACUUUUAGGAGAGACCAUGGAGCAGGUUACAAAGAAAGAUGAUUUAAUCAAAAUCCUUGAGGAUGACCUGGAAAUAAAGUCAAAGUCCGCUGAGUCCUUGAAGAGUGAGAUUGACAUCUAUGAAACCAGGGUGGAUGAACUCGUUGCUGUGGUGUCGAAUACAGAAGAGGGAAUCCAGAUUUUUAAGGUGAUGCAAAUAAUUACAUUAUCCAAAAUAAACUUAAAAACAAUCAAAAUGCAGGAACUUGAGGAACGAUUGUCGGCUGAAUUGAAGAAAAAGGAAGAAUGCAACUCUCAGAUGGAGCAACUACAGAAAGACCUUGUGCAGCAUGAAAUGAAGUAUGGAGAGCUUUUGUUGAAGUUUAAUGAGCUGCAGUCUGAGAAGAUGACCAUUCAGAAAGAGCUUGAAGAUGGAUUGUCCAUUGUCCAUGCAAACAGGAAGUUGAGUGAAGAGAAGGAAAAUCAACUUAACAAGGAAAUUCAAAGACUGGAAGAAGAAAACUUGUGUUUACAAGAUGAGGUAAAUACCAUUAAAACCACAUUCAUCGGGGCACAUCAAGAAACAGAAACGCUGCAGAAGACAAUGGAAGGAAAUUUUCACUAUAUGCAGACGGAAAUGACAAAAAACGAGAAAUGCAUCACAGCUCUGGAAGCAAAGUUGAGCAGCCUCAAGAAAAAAAAUGAAAUUAAAUACAAGGCCCAGGAAGAGUUUAAGCAAGAGAAUAAAAUGCUCAAAAAGCAAAUAGCAAAGGAGAUUUCAAAAUCCAGUGAACUUGAAAAGAUGAUUGACAGACUAGAAGAGAAGUGCCAGAACCAUAAAACACUGAAAGACAAUGAUCAACAGAAAUUGCUGAAGGAUCUUAAGUCAAAGUCAACCUUUGCAGCAGAGCUUGAGAAUGAGGUAAAGAGGCUCAGAUUAACAGCAGCUGAAGCUGUUCAGAACAAGGAAGAUUUAGAACUCAAGUGUCAGCAGAAGAUUGCAGAUAUGGUUGCACUGAUGGAGAGACAUAAGAGUCAAUAUGACCGUAUGGUUGAAGAGAAGGAUAGAGAGCUUGAUGAAAACAAGAAGAAAAAAAUGGAGACAGUUGCCCAUGCAAAAUCACUGGAAUCCCACCUGUCAAAGCUGAAGACAGAUAAUGAACUGCUGAAGAAACAGUUGGAGAUGGAGACAACAGAGAAGGAAAACCUACAGAAGAAGCAAACUGAUUUGAUGAAAGAAAUGUUUGCUGUUGAAAUGACCCAGUCAUCAACACGAAGGGACAAGGUAUAA